CAUCGCAAGACCUGCGGUCAAGUAGAAUCUCCCAGCCCUGACGGGACCAGCCAAAGCAAACCCUAAGCGUUCCUUGCGUUCUUCCGGAGAUCCGAUCGAAGCGUAGGCUCCUCGCUUGGCAAGCAGCGAUCGGAUUCGAACAUGAAGAAGGUCAAAUCAACCAAGCAGCGGCAGCAGAACGGGCACGCCCUCCCCUCUAAAUUCGCUAAAUUGCUUGAUCCCGAGGCUUCUUGGGAUAAGGAUCAACUGGGGGAUGUUCUGCACUGGAUCCGGCAGGGGUUGGGCCUCGCGUGUGGACUGUUGUGGGGCGCCAUUCCCUUGGUCGGUGCUAUCUGGAUUGCUUUAUUUUUGCUGCUAUCUUCUGGUAUUAUAUAUGGGUAUUAUACAUAUGUGCUGAAAAUCGAUGAAGAAGAUUUUGGAGGUCAUGGAGCGUUACUUCAGGAGGGGCUUUUUGCUUCAUUCAGCCUGUUUCUGCUCGCUUGGAUUCUGGUAUACAGUUUGGCACACUUUUGAAUAGUUAGAGUGUAAUUCCAAUUUUAUCUGGAACCUGGAUACGAAACUGCUGAGCUACAUGGAGCCCCGCCAUUUGGCCUUAAAAUUAAUUAGGAAAAAGCAGCAGAUUUAUUGAUUGGAGGUGUUCUCUGUGAUUUGUUUUAUUUUCCACCAGAAUGGAUGGAGAAACAGUACGUGUAACUGCAGCAUUUGGUUUUAUAGUACACUUUCAGUACCACGGGGUUCCUGUUA